GGGGCCGGGCCGGGGCUGCGGGGCGAACGGCUCGGUGGGGAUCCGGCGGCGCGGCCCGGGACAGCGAGGCUCGGCACGAUGAUGGCGGCACGCUCGGCGCAGAUAGAGCUGUGACCCGACCCCACUCGUGGCUAAUUAGCCUAUACAGCAUGGCGAGCCCCACUCUGAGCCCCGACUCCUCGUCCCAGGAGGCCCUGUCAGCCCCCACCUGCUCCCCCACCUCUGACUCUGAGAACCUCAGCCCUGAUGAGUUGGAGCUGCUGGCCAAGCUCGAAGAGCAGAACCGGCUCCUGGAAGCAGACUCCAAGUCAAUGCGCUCCAUGAAUGGCUCUCGAAGGAAUAGCGGCUCCUCACUGGUGUCCAGUUCCUCAGCCUCCUCCAACCUGAGCCACCUGGAGGAGGACACAUGGAUCCUGUGGGGCCGCAUCGCCAAUGAGUGGGAGGAAUGGCGGCGCCGGAAGGAGAAGCUGCUCAAGGAACUGAUCCGCAAGGGCAUCCCGCACCACUUCCGGGCCAUUGUGUGGCAGCUCCUGUGCAGUGCCACAGACAUGCCCGUCAAGAACCAGUACUCAGAGCUGCUCAAGAUGUCCUCCCCCUGUGAGAAGCUGAUCCGCAGAGACAUUGCCCGCACCUACCCAGAGCAUGAGUUCUUCAAGGGCCAAGACAGCCUGGGCCAGGAGGUGCUCUUCAACGUCAUGAAGGCGUACUCUCUGGUAGACCGGGAGGUAGGCUACUGCCAGGGUAGCGCCUUCAUCGUGGGCCUGCUCCUCAUGCAGAUGCCUGAGGAAGAGGCCUUCUGCGUGUUCGUGCGACUGAUGCAGGAGUACCGGCUGCGGGAGCUCUUCAAGCCCAGCAUGGCCGAGUUGGGGCUAUGCAUCUACCAGUUCGAGUACAUGCUGCAGGAGCAGCUACCAGACCUAAACACCCACUUCCGCUCGCAGAGCUUCCACACGUCUAUGUACGCCUCAUCCUGGUUCCUCACACUCUUCCUCACCACCUUCCCCCUGCCUGUUGCCACCCGUGUCUUUGAUAUCUUCAUGUAUGAGGGGCUGGAAAUUGUGUUCCGGGUGGGCCUCGCACUACUACAGGUGAACCAGACAGAACUGAUGCAGCUGGACAUGGAGGGCAUGUCCCAGUACUUCCAGAGGGUGAUCCCCCACCAGUUUGACAGCUGCCCAGAUAAGCUGGUCCUCAAGGCAUACCAGGUCAAGUACAACCCCAAGAAGAUGAAGAGGCUGGAGAAGGAGUAUGCAGCCAUGAAGAGCAAGGAGAUGGAGGAACAAAUUGAGAUCAAAGCCAGCGUGGGAGCACCUGCCCCGGCUGGCAUGUUCUCAGAGCUGGAGACACAACAGUAAACAAGACAGCCAAGGUCCCUGCCCUUGUGCCCCCACCUCGGUGUCAUGGGGAGACAGUCAAUAAAUCACUAAAAUAGUAUGGACUCUACAGAGUGCUCUGGAUGCAGAUGUGGAGGUGAGGGCCAGAUGGGUCUGGGGAGACACUCCAGGCCAGGAGUCCAGUGCAAAAGGCCCAAGGUAGCAGCAUGCCUGGUGGGCAGGAGAGCCAAGGCCUGCAGAA